AUGUCUCAGCCAACUCCACGAGCCACAUUCGCGGAUAUCCCGCCCGAGAUCUUGCUGGAGCGCCUCCUUCCCGUGCUUUCUGUCCGAGACCUCCUUUCCCUUAGCCAGACCGACCAGAGGCUGCACAGCAUAUGCAAUGACGAAUCGCAUUGGCUCCACCGCACCCGCCAAACCUUCUCAUUCAACCCGCACACCCUCGCCCCCUCCACCCCCGGCUCAGGCUGGUCCAAACGCCUCUACGUCGGUCUCUCCCAGCCCGAGCCCUUCGUUUGGGGAUCUACCGAGAAUGACCGGCUUGGUCUUCCCGCCCAAGUCAGGCCAGGCGGAGGUCGUACGAUGAGUUACGCAGCGCGUGUACUGCGCCCGCACUCGCUAGCUGGGCAAUUUGGGGGAUCUGGCCGGCGCUGGAUCGAGCGGCUUACUUUAGACCUCCAAGGAAGAGGGGUGGAGGAUAAGAGGGACCUGGCAAUUGUAGAGAUGCAGGCUGGGGGUUGGAGCUUUGCGGCAAGGGAUGUGGAGGGGAAAGUCUGGGUCUGGGGCCAACUUGAUGGUGAUCUGCCGGCCUUCCGUAUAGCUUCGUGGGCGGAUAAGUAUGAGCGUGUACCCGAGCCGACGCCCAUCCCGCUGCCGUGUCGCGCUGAGGCUAUUUCGGUGGGAAGGUGCCACAUGUUGAUUCUGGACGAGGAUAACCUGAUAUGGGAGAUGAAGGCCUGGGGCUUGGCAUAUCAUCACACUGCCCCCGCCCUCACGUCCCCUAGCAACUCCGGCUCCACCCGUCGUCCACACCAUAUCCUCCAACUUUCUACUGGCUGGUCUCACUCCGCCUGCCUCACAUCAUCCGGCGGCAUCUUCGUCUGGUUCCCCUUCACACAAGGCUACGACGCUAACCUUACCCCGAAAGCCCAGAUGAAUGGCCCGCUCGGGGUGCGGGCGGACGGCAAUGCCUCGAGGGCGGUCAUGUGGGGUGCUGUUGGGGAUAUCGUGCAUGAGCUGGAAGCGCUCCCCGAGCGACCGACCUAUGAGGACGAAGACGCGGAGAUGAAGGCCAAGCAGGACGAAUGGGCGGAUUGGGAUUCGAGGUCGGACAAGGCGAAAGAGGAUGGCGAGCGAGUCGUCAAGAUUGCGAGUGGGCAGGGGUUCGUGGUAGCUCUCAAGGGGAACGGGGAGGUCUGGUAUCGUCAAGUUGAGGAGAACGUUCACUUCAACUGGGAAUACCUCCCACACUUCUCUUCACCCCAGAUCACCCACAUCUCCGCCCAAUUCACCUCGCUUACCUCCUACUCCACUCUCCCGCCCUCGCGCGUCCACCAUGCCCGUCUGCCCAACUACUCCCUCACGGGCGCCAGCGCCCAAUUCCGCCCCGACCCCCUCCCGAGCCUACAAGGACAAGGCGUCAUUCAGGUCGCGAUUGGUGACUAUCACUAUGCGGCGCUGACGAGUCGCGGUGAGAUGUGGACGUGGGGUCAAGGCGCGGCGGGACAGCUGGGGUUGGGCCAGAAGGGGUCGAGAGGCGGUGACAAGGUGGACGAGCCACAAAUGGUGGGAGAGGGGGAGAAGGCGUUUGUGUUCUCGAUCGCGGCCGCGGGGCACCAUACGGGGGCGCUCGUUCUAGGACGGAAAAAACGGUCAGACGAGGAGGAGGAGGCGGUCCAGGUCAAGGUCACAAGCGAGUCGACCGGAGAUGGCAUUACCCGUGGGGAACAUGACGGGCCGACUGCCAAUAUGCCGGGCGCAUUCCCUACGACUCGCCCCCAAUCGCUCAACCGCCCCAGCGGGCCCAGCGGGAACAGCUCGACACCCGCUCCGACCUCUCGACCCGGCGAGCAGCUAGCACUGGGGCUGUCGCACUUCCGGAUCGGGUUUGCGGGGCGGAAUGCUCUACCUCUACCCCUUGAGCCUCAAGCUGGAGAUGGGGAGCUGGAGGUGCCGCUGGCGGAGGGAUCUGGCGGUGGUGACCGCGGAUCACGGAGGAACUGGGUGAGGACGAACAGGGGUGGGACGGGCGGGACGGCGGAGCCUGCGAGGCAGGGGGAUGAGAUUUAG